UUUUAACUCAGAAUAAAUCGGUGUCGAGAACCCCCAUGCAGACCCUCAUAGACUCGUGAGUGUACCAAGCCUCAUCCUGGCUCGUCCACACACCAAGGAGGUUAUGAAAGGGAGUUUGACCACCCUCCAUGUGAUGUCCUGACUGGUACCCAGGUUUAAUCUAUGGGCCAUGACCCAAAAUAACGAUGUUUGUACGACCAGAGCUAUCAUAGAUUUGUUGUUUUUUUUUAAAUCGGCAGCAAUAUCUCAUGUACAACUAACUUUCAUACUAUAACCAUAUGACCAAGUAAAACGUGUCUGUCUUAUUAACACUUUGCUGAAAGGGACGCGAUAGAAAAUAUUAGUCAGACUUCGCUGAUAUCAACUGCGGUAAGAUCGGGUUGAUAUAAAAUACGGAUGGUCAAAAGUUCAGAUGUCCCAACACCUGCAGCUGGAGAUUGCCGUAGGCGUACAGUACGGACUGGUCCAAAGUAGCUGCAGGUGUGUCUAAAGACCUGGUGGAUUACUGAUACCAGGUCCGGGAUGAUAUGAAAAUUUUGAAAUCUAAAUCGUGAAAUUGGGACCUUAAUCAGUCAUUCUGUUCUUAACGUGUGACAAACAACUGACAUUUGCACUUUGGUGCAUUUAUGUAACCAUGUCCUACUUGGUCACUGAACCGUGCUACUUGGGCAGCAAUUUUUCUCCAUUGUCUGCUGACCUUUCAAAAUAUAUAGUGCCCACUAAACUGGUUAUGUGGUCGUUGUCUGCUGAAAACGCGUUUAAGGGUCUGCAUGGGGGUUCCCAUCAACGAUUUACGCUAAAGUCAGAAGAAGUUCCCCCUAAGUAUUACGCUAAGUCAAGGAAAGCAAUUACGGUAAAUUUGGUCGCCUAGCUACGAAUUACGCAGAUAAGAUGAUUUCCCUACGAAUUACGGGUAAUAGAAAUAGGCUGCCUAGUACGUAAAAGACCGUGCAGACCCCAAAUAUAUUGAAUCCCGUCACCAAUGGCUACACAUUUGCAUACUUGCUUGGCAAGAAAAAAUUGAUUGUUUGGCGCAUUCCAUUAUGCGUUUAGGGGACAUGGUUCAACGGACUCUGAGUAUGUGGCUGCAAAGUUGGUGUGUUAUAACAGCUAUAUAGAUAUCAUAAAUACCGAUACAGUUGUACAAAACUGAGAAAACACGGAAUCCCUACCUAAUGGUAUCUGAAAUAAAAUGUACGUUUGAUGGGUAACCAGGCCCACAAUAUGAACUUUGACCCCUAUUAUAUAUCCACGUCCUGGUAAUAGAUAAGACAGAAGGACAAAGCUCAAGCUGCCAGAAUCGCGAUCGUCGUCCCACUUUACGUGUAGAAACACAGCAAGAAGUCUGGGAGGGAAAGAACAUUCGACCCGCUGUCUACAUUGAGCCUGUUAUAUCUUGCAGGAUCUAGAGUUUUACCAACAUGGCGACCAGAGCCGGAUCUCAUCUGAAACAAAGGGAGGGAGAGGAGGGACAGGAUUCUCCCCGUAUCCACAAGUGCAGCUAUUGUGACAAGGAGUUUCGCUUUAAAAGUAGACUCAAUCUACACCUGCGAACUCACACGGGUGAGAAACCGUAUAGAUGUGAGGAGUGCAGCAAACAGUUCAGUAGGCUUGGUACCCUGAAAAUACACAUGAGAAAUCACACGGGUGAGAAACCGUAUAGAUGUGAGGAGUGCAGCAUGCAGUUCAGUAAGCUUGGUACCCUGAAAAUACACAUGCGUACUCACACUGGUGAGAGGCCAUACCAGUGUGAUGAAUGCGGGAAACGGUUUAUUAAGCUAUGUAAUCUGAAAGACCAUAUGAGAACUCACACCGGUGAGAAACCGUACGAGUGUGAAUAUUGCAACAAGUGCUUCAGUCAGGCAGCUCAUCUGAAGGCUCACGUGCGGACUCAUACAGGGGAAACCCCAUACAGGUGUGAGGCAUGCUGCAAGCAGUUCAGUAGACUUGGUAUCCUAAAAAUACACAUGAGAAAUCACACGGGUGAGAAACCGUAUAGAUGUGAGGAGUGCAGCAUGCAGUUCAGUAGGCUUGGUACUCUGAAAAUACAUAUGCGUACUCACACUGGUGAGAGACCAUACGAGUGUGAUUAUUGCGGGAAACGGUUUAGUCAACAAUCAAAUGUGGAGGACCACGUGAGAACUCACACCGGUGAGAGACCGUACGAGUGUGAAUAUUGCAACAAGCGCUUCAGUCAGGCAGCUCAUCUGAAGGCUCACAUGCGGACUCAUACAGGGGAAAACCCAUACAGGUGAGAGACAUGCUGCAAGCAGUUCAGUAGGCUUGGUAUCCUACAAAAUACACAUGAGAACUCACACGGAUGAGAAACCGUAUAGAUGUGAGGCAUGCAGCAAGCAGUUUACCAGUCUAAAGAAACACAUGCGGACUCACACGGGUGAGAAACCGUACACAUGUGAGGAGUGCAACAAGCAAUUCAGUGACCCGACUCAUUUUAAAAGACAUAUGCGGACUCACACAGGGGAAAACCGUACAUAUGCGAGAAGUGCAGCAAACAGUUCAGUCAGUUGACCAAUCUUAAGAGGCACAUACGGACACACACUGGUGAAAAGUCCUACACGUGUGAGGAGUGCGGCAAACAGUUCUUUCAGUUGUCGAAUCUGAAGAGUCAUAUGCGGACUCACACUGGCGAGACACCGUACAGGUGUGAGAAGUGCAGCAAAAGCUAUCGUCAUUCACGUAGUCUUCGUGCGCAUAAGAAAACUCACAUCGGAAAAAAUCUGUAAAUGACUGUGUUACGAUAACAUGUACAUAUUCUUUAGAAGAAAAAUAUUACAUCUUAAGCUCGAUUGAUCUAUUUUUCUUUACAAAGGUGAGCUAUGUGUGGUCCUCAUUUAAAGCACUUGAUCUAUCCGUUACAACACGGUUUCAUCAAGGGCAGAUCAUCAUCGACACAGCUCCUUGAAAUUUACCAUGAUAUUGGCGGAAUUUUAGAUCGAGGUGGCCAAGUAGACAUCAUAUAUCUGGAUUUUUCCAAGGCAUUUGACUGCGUUUCUCAUCAGCUGUUAGUCCAUAAGCUCAAAAUGUAUGGUAUUCAUUCUAAUUUACUUACCUGGUUCCAUAGUUAUCUUUCAUGUAGGAGGCAACGUGUAAUGGUCGAGGGUACGUGUUCGGAUUGGCUCCCAGUAGUAUCGGGAGUCCCCCAGGGGUCAAUUCUUGGUCCCCUCCUUUUCUUAUUAUAUAUCAACGAUCUUCCAUCCGUAGUUAGCAACAAAAUGGGCCUUUACGCUGACGACUCUAAAUGUUUCAAACAAAUUUUUACUGUCUUAGAUUGUGUAUCACUCCAGAGAGAUAUUGAUUGCAUGUACGAUUGGAGUAAUACUUGGCAAAUGAAUUUUAAUCCUGACAAAUGUAAAAUCCUCACAAUAAGCAGAUCUAGAAAUCCUAUUAAUUUUACGUACAAAAUGAAUGACAUCGUCCUCGGGUCUGUUCCUGAAUUCACCGACUUAGGUGUCUUAGCUACGUGGAAUCUGACUUUCAAUUCUCAUGUACAUAAUAUCAUUUCGAGAGCAAAUUCAGCUCUCGGCUUUUUAAAGAGAUCUGUAGGUUUCAAUGCCCCUGUAAAUGUAAAAAAUACUAUAUCUCACUCUAGUCAGAAGCAGACUGGAGUACUGCUCAGUAAUUUGGUCCCCCUAUACGCACAACCUCAUUUCCUGAAUCGAAAAAGUACAAAGACGUGCCUCCAGGUAUAUUCUUAAUGAUUACACAACAGACUACAAGACGAGAUUAAUACAUUGUUCACUCUUACCUCUAUCUUACCGACGAGAAAUACUAGAUUUUUUUUUUGUAUAAGUGCUUACUAGGACUUUACGACAUUGAUAUUGACAAUUUUCUUAAUCUCCCACAUCCCUUUUUAAGAGCACAUUCACAAGCUAAACUUAUCCCUGGUAAAUGUCACACUACAAACUUUCAGUACUCCUAUUUUAACAGAAUUGUCGACAUAUGGAACGCCUUACCACCUGAAAUUAGACAACUGAGGCUAAAUCCUACAUUUUCAACCAAUCGUUUUAAGCAGUCCGUUAUUGAGCAUUACUUCUCUCUUCUGGCCACACAUUUUGAUGUCCAUCUAAUGAGCACUUGGACCCAUUGUUGCAAGUGCUGAUUGGAUGAACAUCAAAAUGUGUGGUCAACCUUUAGUUACAUGAUUCUCAUUUGUUUGUUAACCUUAGUUUAUCUUAUCCCUUUUACAGUUGUUUCGUUUGGGUAUUAUUUUGUAUUUUGCUGUUAUUUUGUAAGAAUAUCUCUAUGUAAAGAACUUAGCUCUUAUUUGCCCAUUUUCUAUGUAUUAUUUUAUGUUUUUAAGUGUGCUGGAGGUGUGGGCUCUGUAAAGGACGUUUAAAUUAUCCUGUUGCCCACACCUUGCUGAACUUUUUCUGUAAAGUUUAAUAAAUAAAUGGUUUACCGCUACUUAAUCCAGCCGUGUACACACUACAUGGCUCCAUUGCCCGAAAAAUAACGGGAACUUAACCCUUAAACUGCCAGAGUUUCAGACCUAUAAAAUGCUAUUAGUGCCAGGGUUGGCGGCUGACCCCCGAAAAGAGACAACCAAACAAGGCCAAAGUCCCUAACUUCCGUGAAAUGUUCUGACAGUAGUUACAGAAAGACAGCAAAAUAUCGCUGGACAUAGCUUUCUGCUGUCGCACUAGGUUUUAGUUACUCAAGCUCAUAUUGUCAUUUCAUAAGUCAUUUUAAUCGCUGUAAAUACGCUACAUCCGAGGUGUUCCGAAUUAGCUUUGGAAACAUGUUAGUUCUAUAGAUGUAGAUUUGUAUUGUUGACAUUCAUGAAGUUCUUUAAAAUGCUAGAGAUUUGUUAACUUUCUGCAUCUCAGCUUCCUCAAUACCGUAUGUGUUGUUGUCUUUCAUGUUGAAUGUUUUUCUCACCACAGAACUUUCCAUGAAAUUCAUCACAUAUACCAUUUGUUUUAUAAUCAAAUAAAAGCUACUGAACCUGUUUUAUGCACCCUCUACUUACAACGUCACCGACGAAGGUCAGCGGUUGUCUAAAACUUCUGACCAAGUAGCCUUUUUAUUGAGAAUCUCAUUACCUGGAUACUGAAAACAAAAAGUAGCGUUUGACAAAGAUGUCCAAUGUGGAAAGUUUGGGCAAUAGUAACAGUAAGUUACAUGGUAUGACGCCGUUCGUUUUCGUAAAGCCGUCUAGACUGCCUUCUAUAGCAAAGUAAACAGUUGUGGUCUCUCUCUAUGUAUUUAAUAGUUACUGGAGUUCUGAUUGUAACAUUUUACUUAAACACUGUCUUCUACACAGUUGCACAGAAUUCCCGAGGGAAAGAAAAUUCAAAAUUUUGAUGCAAUAAUAAAAUCUUAUUAUAACA